CGGGUAGGGUAGAAGAGAAGCGGAGCCUUGUGGAUUUCAAAGCGCCGCAGUCUCCAAGCGUUCCUGGCGGCUUUAUUUCUGCUUGGGCAUCAAUGUGCCUGUUCCCCAAGUCUGCCGACUGGGAGUUUCUAGUAAGACGGUAGCCCGUUGCUUGGAGGCAUCUCGAUCGCUGUUUUUGUCCCCAUCUCUAUGAUACCUUGAGCUUACGCUCUACGCCGGCAUGAAGGGGACUCUCUAUGGUCGAGGCCGCCUCCGUUGCUAGUGGCAGGGGGUUUGUUUACUUCCGGGCUGGCGGCUGGCGGCGGCGGCUCCAUCUAUUUACUCGGGACCUCCCCCUCCCGUCUGUCAUGGGGGAGGCCGAGGAGCAAGUGCCUGAAUCAGGUGCUGUAUUCACUUUUGGGAAAAGCAAAUUUGCAGAAAAUGUUCCUAGCAAGUUUUGGUUUAAAAAUGACAAGCCUUUGCACAUAUCAUGCGGAGAUGAACAUACUUCUGUUGUAACAGGAAAUGGUAAACUUUAUAUGUUUGGAAGCAAUAACUGGGGACAGCUAGGAUUUGGAACAAAGAAUACUGUCGUCAAGCCAACUUGUGUGAAAGCUUUAAAACCAGAAAAAGUAAAACUAUCUGCUUGUGGGAGAAACCACACUUUGAUUUAUACAGAACAAGGAAAUGUAUAUGCUGCUGGAGGUAACAGUGAAGGGCAGUUGGGAUUAGGUGACACAGAGGAAAGAAGCACAUUUCAGCUAAUUAGUUUUUUUACCAACCAGCACAAGAUCAAACAGCUGGCAGCUGGAUCGUACACAUCAGCAGCGCUAACUGAGAAUGGUCAGCUUUUUAUGUGGGGAGACAAUUCUGAAGGACAAAUUGGCUUGGCUGAUGAAACGAAUGUGUGUAUUCCUCAUCAAGUGGAUAUUGGGAAACCUGUUUCCUGGAUCUCUUGUGGCUAUUACCAUUCUGCCUUGAUAACACGAGACGGUGAACUUUAUACUUUUGGGGAACCUGAGAAUGGGAAGCUAGGUUUGUUGCCUGAGCAACUGCAAAACAAUAAGGUUCCACAACUUGUUUCUGGAAUUUCUGGAAGGGUUAAUAAGGUUACGUGUGGAGGAGGUCAUACAGUGGCCCUUGCAGAGGGAGAUGUCUACACUUUUGGUCUUGGCCAGUAUGGACAGCUUGGACACGGUACAUUUAUUUUUGAAACCUUGGAACCAAAGAUUGUGGAUUAUCUUGGGAGGCAUAAAAUCUGUAACAUUGCAAGUGGGGAAAACCAUACAGCUUUAAUAACAGAGAAUGGCCUUAUGUAUACCUUUGGAGAUGGACGGCAUGGCAAGUUAGGACUUGGGGACGAAAAUUACACUAAUCAAUUUGUACCUACAUUAUGUUCUAAUUUUUUGAGGUUUACUGUGCAUUCGGCUGCCUGUGGUGGUUGUCAUAUGCUUGUUUUUGCCACACCGAGGCCUAUGGAAUUAGAUGAAACGCUCGUGCCAGACCCAAGUGAACAAUACUUGACCGCUGUAGUCUCUGAAUUAGGUGGAGAUUCACUAGUAAUAGACACCUUGCAUCAAUCAUUAUCCGCCCGAGUGCGCCGGAGAGAAAGGGAAAAAUCACCUGAACAAUUUAGACGACUGGCACGGACACUUCCUCCAUUGGGAGAUUCCCUAAAGCCUUCGUCAUGUGUCAUCAGCAACACUGUUCCACUGGGGGUACCCAGAGAAAGUCAUCCUGAUUCAGAGGCAGCUGAUAAAAAGAAAGACGGUGAAUCUGCUUUGGACUAUGAAACAGGAGAGAAGAGAGAGGAAGACAGUGAUGCUGAGGAAUAUUCAACAGAGGAUGAUUCAGAUGAAAAUGAGGGUAGAAGUCUUGGGAACACUACAGAUGUCUUGAAUAUGACCCAUGUGAUGAGACUGAAUCCCAAUGACCAGUCGUUAGAAAUACAGCCAGUUCAAAAACAAAAGGAUCAAAAGUCAUCUGAUGAAGAUCAAAAGUCAUCUGAUGAGGAAGAAAGUGCUGAUGGUAAUGCUGAAGAAGAUAACUAUGAUGAAAAAGAAGAACCAGAUAAGGAGGAGGUAGAAGAACAUGAUGAUCAAGCACCUGAAAAUGAAGGACAGAUCCUUAAAAUAUUUGCGAGUGAGAAAACUAAUCAGAUGGCUACAGAAAUCAUAGAGAAAGAGGCUACUCCCGAAGAAGAUACAUCUCAGCAAGAGUUUGAGAAUCCGGAGGUUCAUGCCACGAAUAAUUCUUCAGGAGCAAUUGCAGGCAGUAAUGAAGACACAACAUCUGGAAGACAACUAGGGAAGACGAAAAGGUUUUCUCUCUUUAGGCGAAAGUAUUCAAAGCAGAAGAAUGCACACAGCUGUGAUGAAAGCAGCCUUGAAAAGCUACCUCAGAGUGAACAGGAGACUGGAAAUCAAAUAGGUGUACCUGAUGAAAAUACUAAAGAUGAAAAUGAGAAUCAUACCAGGGGAAAUCAAAAGGAACCACCACCAGCAAAUCAGAGCAGAAAGACAUCCUCUACCUGUGUAAUACUUUAAUACUGAAAUGUAUGAUGAGGCUUGCAUAUGUGUGAUGUCAUAGCUGGCAAAUUGCAAGCAGAUAUUGCAAUUUAUACUUGAAAACAAUAAUGACAUAUACCUAAUUAUGGUGAUGGAUUUUUUUGGUAAAAUUAGCAUGUUUGGAUUGAUUUACUUUGAUGCUGGACCAACUUUCUAGUAUUUAUUUGUAUUCAUAAUUUUAGAUAUUGCAACAAAUAUGGUUAUCACAAUCUUACUGACAUGUUGUGGCCUUAACUUUCAGUGUUGUAAUAAAAAUAUAUUUUUGUACGUCAAAAGUUGGAUUGAGGCAUUUUAUAAUUUUUCCUAAACAAAUUUAUCCUUUGAAUCUACAGCUAUAAAAUACACAUUGUAAAUACUCUCUGGGUUCAACAAGCUGGCCGUAAGAAUGGUUACUUAAAAUGUUCAUUCUCUAGUUUGACUUUCAAAAGAUGUAAUAAAAUUCAUAAGUAUUUAAA